AUGGAGUAUUGUUCUACCCGGCUAGCUGCAUGGUUGCCACCUAUUCUUCUUAUCUGGCUCGUGAUUGCAUUUUGCAAUGCUUUAAAUUCGCAUCGCAGGUCUCGCAAUCCUUCUCCAGCGUUGGUACUCAGUCAAGAACCACUGAAGCCACAAAAGGCUUACACAACUGCGAACACUGUUUCGUCUAUUGAUCAUUACGAUUUUAAAUCAAAGGUGACCGAUAACAACGAUAAGCUGAGGAGAACCAAUCCAACCUUCCGACUGCUAGCGAUCAUGGUUCUGUUCGGCAUAUGCGGGUUCUUGCUUUUGGGGCACCUGUCAGCGGCUUCAUCACUCCAGAGCGGAUUGCAGUCUAUUGCUGGCUUUUCAUCGCAAGCACCUAACUCAACUGGUUUGCAAGAGUUUUUCCAGCUCUAUUCGCCCAUAUCUCUCGAUUCCAGUGGAAACGGCAACUGCGAUGUUGAGAUCUUGCUCAUGGAUCAUGUUUUUGGCGCCAGUUACGGAGCGCCAUUUGUUGGCAACUAUGAGCCCCCGAACUGCGGAUUUGACACUCAAUUUGACCGCCUGGCACUCAUGUACCUUGGAGACAAUGAAGUGUUUCGGACUUCAACGGCGGAGCCGACAACCAAUGGGAUUGUGUGGACCUAUAUCAAAGAGAUGUCGCAGUAUAACUCGUUGUGGAAGAGUCCCCAGAAGCUGAUAUUUGACUUGGGGAACAUUAUUAACGAUGUCUACACCGGCUCGUUCAAUACCACGUUGACGGCGCACUUCUCUAAAGGUCAGAAUGUCGAGACAGCGGAUAUGAUUCUUCCAAUCUCUGCCAAAAAGUCAGCAUCAAACUCUCCAAGUGCCUUCCAACUUCCUACAGACAACACAACAGUCAUGUACGAGAUCCCUGCUGCGGCAUCGCGUGCUGUUGUGUCUAUAUCGGCAUGUGGACAAUCAGAAGAAGAGUUCUGGUGGUCCAAUGUCUUCUCUCAGGAUACCCAAGACUUUGAAAGCACUGUCGGUGGGCUAUAUGGGUACACUCCUUUUCGUGAAGUUCAGCUCUACAUCGAUGGGAUCCUUGCCGGACUUGUCUGGCCAUUUCCUAUUAUCUUUACGGGAGGCGUGGCUCCGGGAUACUGGCGUCCGGUUGUUGGGACUGAUGCAUUUGAUCUUCGACAGCCGGAGAUUGAUAUUUCCCCAUUUCUCCCUAUGGUUCAAGACGGAAAGCAACAUUCCUUUGAGAUCCGGGUAACCGGUCUCAAUGUCUCGGCAGAUGGGAAGGCCACAUUUGCGAAUACUGUGGGCUCAUACUGGGUUGUCACGGGAAAUAUCUUCAUAUACAUCGAUGACAACAGCUCAGACUCAAAAGCCACUAUCGCUCGUGACAAGAAUGGGCCCAUGGUGGAUGCUCCCUUGCCAGUGUUUGCUGUGACCCGGAAUCUUCGAGUUUUCAGUGUUAAAUCUUCUCUGUACUCGUGGUCUCAGACACUAUUAUUCUCCAAUCACGGUCUACUCAACCAACAAGGGUACAGCCAGGUUAAUAGGCAACUCACAACUGGCAAUAACACUAUCACGGAGCUCGGAGAUGCACCCAUCUCAAACAGCAUUACAUUCCAAUAUCCCUUGGUUGUCAAUGCUACUUACGGCAUCACGUCUAAUGGGAUGACUAUUGACUCGUGGAUGAUGAGAGGUCUCGACUUUGAAUCAACAGGAGGGCUCGGUAUUUCCACUUACACCUCGUCGUCAGGGCCAUCAUACCUACACGCGAGUCAGUCUGGCACUGCGCGGUAUAAAUCCAUCACUGGCGGAAGCUCAAGCUCUUGGGGCGACACCACCAAUGUGUUCAAAAGUCAGAUGAAUGGGCAAUCGUACCAUCGAUCUGUUCAUGCAGUCAAUGGCACCGUUGUAUCUGACACCGACCCUGAAGGCAAGGUUUCGGCUUCUUCUCCACAAGAUCUUGGAGAUACUGGAAGAGGCAGUGAAAUCGAAAAGGCCCAUGUGUUCGAAAUGAAAGACGAACAUCCACGCAUCGUGGAAGCCAUGAUACGCUCGUUCUACGGACUACAUUACGACAUCAACCAACCCCCUCAAAUGUGCCCAUUGCUGUUCAAUGUCAAGGUACACGCAAUCGCCGACAAAUUCGAGGUCGAAUAUCUCAAAAUUCAAGCAAAACUAACCUUCGUCACCCUCGCCCAAGACUACUGGAACUCGGACGAAUUCUUGACUGCUGCCUUCGAAGCAUACACAACAACACCGAAAUCGGAUCGAGGUCUGAGAGAUGUCGUCGUCGCGGUUUGUCAGAAGCACAGGAAGGAGCUGCGCGAGAGGAAGGCAUUCGAGAAACUGGUUGAAGAGACACCCGGACUUGCUACUGAUAUUGUGCUGCUUUCGCACAGGUGGUUGCCUCAGUCUGCAUCUACGAUGGUUCGUCUCGUUCAGUCUUUCUCUUGUCUGUCUUGUUUUGCGAAAUGGCAGAUCCAGGUUGGGUUAGCGGAGGACUUUACUACAUGUCCGUUUUGUCAGGAUGAUAAGGUUGGGGCUUUUUAG